CAUAAAAAUGUUGUUAACCAUGGCUAUAUCUUCACUCGCGCCACUAAAAAUUCAAUUGCGCGUGGUUCAGUUAUUUCCGUUUUUCGUCAUUCGCCACCACUUCAGGGUGUGCAGCCAAGCUCAUGCCUGCUGAAACCUUCCCUCAAAUCUCACAUUUCCAUGGCUUUCACGAUGAGGGUUGAGCUUCUUCCUUCAACCCCAGACACAACAGGAAGAACAGAAAUCUCAAGUUUUUUUUGAAAGAUAAAAGAGAUAAGAAAUUAAUAAAAAAAUUAUAUUUGACAAUGAUUGGGAUGAUCCUCUCGGUUGAGAUGCUGUGGAAUGAAAGAUCCUAGAGCUGAUCUAGGAUUUUGGAGGAAGGAAGAAAAGAAGAUUUUGAUAUAGUAAUAAUUAGAGCAUAAAAAGAGUAGAAUUUGAUAGGUAGGUGAAGAAGCCAAAUAUGGCAACACCAGCGAUGCAGGCAGUAAACACCCCAAGGAAAAAAAUGACAAAACAAUUGACAGGAAAAAGGGAUGAUACACCUUUGCAUUCUGCUGCAAGAGCAGGGAAGUUGGCUGUGUUGAAAGAUAUCAUUUUGGAAACUGAUGAGACUGAAUUGCAUGAGUUAUUAGCCAAGCAGAAUCAAGAUGGGGAAACGCCCCUUUAUAUUGCUGCUGAAUAUGGUUACGUUGAUGUAGUUAGGGAGAUGAUUCAGUAUUAUGAUCUUGUUGAUGCUGGAAUUAAGGCUAGAAAUGGUUUUGAUGCAUUGCACAUUGCUGCUAAACAAGGGGAUUUAGAUGUACUAAAGAUUCUUAUGGAGGGUCAUCCUGAGUUGUCAAUGACUGUGGAUCCAUCCAACACCACUGCUUUGCACACAGCUGCAAUACAAGGUCACACUGAGAUAGUGAAAUUCCUAUUGGAAGCGGGAAGUAGUCUGGCAACCAUUGCAAGAAGUAAUGGGAAAACAGCUCUUCAUUCUGCUGCAAGAAAUGGACAUUUGGAGGUUGUGAAAGCACUUCUUGAGAAGGAACCUGGUGUUGCAACGCGGACCGAUAAGAAGGGCCAGACAGCACUUCACAUGGCAGUGAAGGGACAAAAAAUUGAGGUGGUGGAGGAGUUGAUAAAAGCAGAUCCCUCAUUAAUAAACAUGCUUGAUAGUAAGGGAAACACAGCAUUGCAUAUAGCAACCAGGAAGGGCAGAGCUCAGAUUGUAAAGUUGCUUCUAGAACAGAAGGAAAAUGUUACAAGUGCAGUGAACAGAUGUGGUGAAACAGCAGUAGACACUGCUGAGAAAACAGGAAACCAUGAGGUGCAAGCCAUUCUUCUUGAACAUGGUGUUCAGAGUGCAAGAACCAUAAAGCCCCCUCAGGGCACAACGGCUACCACAGCUCGUGAGUUGAAACAAACAGUAAGCGACAUAAAGCACGAGGUCCAUCACCAGUUAGAACACACACGCCAAACCAGAAAACGCGUUCAAGGCAUUGCCAAACGUAUAAACAAAAUGCAUGCAGAAGGACUCAACAAUGCAAUAAACUCCACAACUGUGGUGGCAGUGCUAAUUGCCACUGUGGCCUUUGCUGCUAUUUUCACAGUCCCAGGCCAAUUUGUUGAUGACCCAAAUAACAUUCCUCCGGGAAUGUCCCUUGGUGAAGCAAACAUAGCCCCACAAGCCCCGUUCAUCAUUUUCUUUGUGUUUGAUUCCAUUGCACUGUUUAUCUCUUUGGCUGUUGUGGUGGUGCAAACCUCGGUUGUGGUUAUAGAAAGCAAAGCAAAGAAGCAAAUGAUGGCUGUGAUUAACAAGCUCAUGUGGCUGGCUUGUGUUCUUAUUUCGGUGGCGUUCUUGGCACUGUCUUUUGUUGUGGUGGGGAAGGAAGAGAAGUGGCUGGCCAUAGGAGUGACCAUUAUAGGGACAACCAUAAUGGCUACAACGUUGGGGACUAUGUGUUACUGGGUCAUUAGGCAUCGCAUUGAGGCUUCGAAUUUGAGGAACAUUCGGAAAUCUUCCUUGCAAAGCAAGUCAAAGUCUUUCUCAGUUUCGGCCUUUUCAGAUUCUGAGCUACUAAACAGUGAGUAUUAUAAGAAAAUGUAUGCGAUUUAGAACUUACGAAGCAUGUUCCCUAAUUCACUCUUGCUGCUUCUUUUUAAAAGCACCGGGUCAGAUGGAACUAUGUCCAACUUAAGUGGAAUAUCUGACUAUCGAAACAAAGCAUGCAUAUAUAGUUGAAAAUUAAUUCAUUCCGUAUUUAUUCA